CCCCGCUUUUUUUUCAGCUUUGUGGUUGAUGACGAUGAGUCACCCGAGGUUAGCAGUGAGUCGGAAGAUGAUGAAUAUGAAGAAUCCAGUGAAUUUUCAUCUGAUGAAGAUAGCUCAGAUUCAAGCGAAUUUCAUAGGCAAGAAAAGAAGGUUGUUGAAAAAGUACCCAGUAGAGACUCUCUACUCAAGACUAAAUAUUCUAAAAACUUGAAGGAGCACAAUGGUUUGUAUUUAAAUUCAAAACUUUUAUAUUGUUUUAUUUUCUUAACUAAGCUGCAAGAGGAUACCUUUUUUUAUCUUUGUUAUUAUGGAAUGAGCAUUGAAUGGAAUCCGCGUCUGCUGAAAACUGCUGGCCGUUGUCUAUGUACAAAGAAUUUUACAGCAAAAAUAGAGCUUUCUGUUAAAGUGUGUAAUCGACCAGACCGGGUUAGGGAUACUCUACUCCAUGAACUUUGUCACGCUGCGGUGUUUGUUGUCGAUAAAAUUGCAUUUGGACGUCAUGGUCCAGCUUGGCAAAAGUGGGCGCGUCAAUGCAUGAAUUUAUUUCCACGUCUUCCGGUCAUCCAGCGAUGUCAUCAGUAUUCCAUUGAUGCGAAAUAUCAUUACAUUUGUGACACUUGUGGUCAAACGGUAAAACGCCAUUCUAAAUCACUGGAUCUAAAUCGGUUCAAGUGUGGCAUUUGUAAGGGUUCUUUUGUCUUGCAUGAUGCUAGAGGAGAGCGAGUGGAGAUGAAAGAGAAAAAAGCGAAUCCUUUCGCAAAAUACGUUCAGGCAAAUUACAAAAGACUAAGAGAGGAUGGUAGAAAGCAUGCCGAAGUGAUGAAAAUUCUUUCAGAGAAUUUCAAAAAGGUAAUCUGUAUAGUUACGGUAAACUAUGGGGAAACUGUUCAUUUCAUUUGUGACCUUUAA